AUGGCUAGAAUUCCUAACACAAUUUUCAUGAAGCAUAGAAACUUUGUCCAGUCAGUCGUCAGUGUAAAGCAACAGUUGCAGGCUCAGUGUGACUACCUAACUAUCCUAGGGGUGACAAAAUACAAACAAUGGAAAGAUAGAAUUACUUCUAAACAACUUGCAUGUGAGUUUGGUAUGGAAGAGCCACUUGAAGACUUAGUGAUGGAGUACCGUCAAAGAUGGCUUGGACACCUUGGCAGAAUGGGAGAGGAAAGACUACCAAAGAUGUUAUUGUUUGCUGUGCUAGAUAGAAGAGACUGUGCCAUGGGACCAAGAAGAGCCACUGGAAUUGGGGAUAAUUGCUACAGUCUAGUACAGGAUAGAUCUCAGUGGCACACAUUCUGCGAUAAAGGAAUUAGAAGUCAACGUAAGAGGUCCAAUGAUUGUGCGGCCAACAACAGAAGCAGUGACAAUAUUUGCCCUUGUGGUAGACGUUUUCGUCAGAAGGGCGACCUCACCCGAUACAGCCAAUUCUGUAACAGUUAAUGAAACACUCUAGUCAUUUGUGC